AGCUUUCUGUGGGCGGAGCUCUCUGCGAGCUGCUCAGAAGGGGCGGUGGCGGAGGUGGCGGCGGUGGGGCAUCCCGGGGCCAGCAAGGGAAGAGGUGACAGAGGGCGGCGCGGGGCGGGGCGCUGCAGGCCUCGCGUCCACCUGCCCGGCCGCUCGCACUCGUGUCGGUCGGCGGGGCCUGCGCGGGCCCAGGCCCAUGGCGGCGUCCGCGGCUCUGUCGGCGGCGGCGGCGGCGGCGGCCCUGUCAGGCCUGGCGCUGCGGCUGUCGCGCUCGGCAGCGGCCCGCGGCUCGUACGGCGCCUUCUGCAAGGGGCUCACGCGCACCCUGAUCACCUUCUUCGACCUGGCCUGGCGGCUGCGCAUGAACUUCCCCUACUUCUACGUGGUGGCCUCGGUGAUGCUCAACGUCCGCCUGCAGGUGCGGAUCGAGUGAGCGCACGCCGCCGCAGCCCCGACCAGAGGGACCGGCGCGCGCGGCCCAGACGGACAGGGGCGCCGGCAUGGAGGACGGCCGCCGGCACGCGGCGGGGGCAGGAGGCGGGGCGGCCGGGGCCCCCGGACCCUAGACCUCCGCGGGAGGACGCGGGCCACCGAGCCACCUAGCCGGGCCCCGGCCGCGACCCGCCCACACGCGUCGCGACCGGUGACCCAUUGCACAGAAACUCACCAGACGGGUCCUUUCCGUCGGGCUCGAGAAAGAAAACACCAUUUGACUGCGGCCGACCUGUCGCCUCACGUUGGCCGGGGUGGGGGAAGCAGAAAGGACAAAUUCUGCAGCAGGGACUUGACUGGCCCUGACCAACAAGGAACCAGUGUUUGUAGGUGGUGACCCGCCCCUUCUCUGGCCUUGUCAAGAGACUCAAAUCCCUGCACAGGGGCGCCCCUGGCCCUAGAGCUGCCCCCGGGAGCUGCUGGGCAAAGGGCCUGGCCCAGGAGGACAGGAAGGGCCUUCCAGGCAGAGGCACGGAGGGGUGGGGUACCCAGCGGUCCAGUUCUGGCGUGGGGAAGGACGAGACCCUGUCGCCUCCACACUAGACCUCCUAGCAACACUUUGAGGGCGUUCUGUUCUCUCCCCACCCCAUGAUUGGAAAAGCGGGCUCUGAGACAGGAAGAGAUUUGCCCUUGUCACACACAUAAGAAGUGGUGGGGCUGAAUCUGUCCCGUCUUCCAGAAAACCUGGCAGGGCAUGUUGGGGUGGGGGAGGGGACCUCAAGGCCCUCGGGGCACCUAGGGGGAGAGAGAGGCCCAGGGUAGGGAGUGUGGGGAACUGGCUUUCCUUGGGGGGGGGGGUGGCAGGUCACAGGGAAGACAGUUGGGGCUGAGAUGGACACGGGAGACAGUCCCAGAACCCCUUGUGGAGCCGAGGCCUUCAUCUACACAGCCUGGCCUCCCCUGCCGCCCCACCCCAGGCGUGACCAAGGACUCCUCAGCAGUCGAGCGGCAGAAGCCUCUCAGUCUGGGUGACAGAGUGGGGGUGGGGGGUAGCGUGGCUCCUGGGAACGUGAUGGAACCAGGAGGGUGAAGGGAUAAAGCCGGUGUGGGGGAUGGGGCCGGGACCCACACAUAACCCCAUCUCUCUGUCCCCAGGCUUGGCCCCCCGAGCCCAGGAUCAUGCGAGAGAACCUCCUCUAGAUGGGCUUGGAUGGUCCUGGAGGCCCCGGGUGUGCUGCUCCCCCUGUACCAGGAUGGCCAGGCUCGGCCCCGGGGGAGCCAGGAAAGACCCCGGUCCCACAGCCGCUCUGCCGCUGGCUGCUCUCGGCCCCCAGUGCUCCGAGUUCCUGGGACUGAAAACCGCAGUGGUCUGGUCAGCCCCAGGGACAGAGUGGCCCAGGGUCACACCACCUGCCCUCCUCUGCCGUCCAGCUGGAAGCCCGGUCCUGGGUGAAGGGCUCUGCCUGCCUGGCCCUGGGGACUGAGGCCAGACGAGGCCACCAUGUAUCCCCUGCAGUUUCCCCGCAGACAGGGUGUACUGGCUUCCUUCCUUGUACCGAGCGUCCUGGGAGCCCCGGUCCUGUGGCCCCUCCUGCACCCAAUCCCCUUCCACCCGGAACCACUUGUGGGAGCCUGCCAGCCUGCUGACUCCAUCCACAGAUCUGUGGGGACAGCCUGCGAGAGCCACACGGGCUGCCUGAGAGGAGAGGACGAGGGGCCUCCUCGGGGCUGAUCCACAGAUGUGCCCCGUUCAAGCCCAGGUCUCACCCUCGGGGUGACCUUCUCCCCGGCUCCAGCCUUGUGGCUCAGCUGGAGCUGCCCGGGGCCUAUGACACCUCUUCCCAACAGGGAGAAGUGUGGGGGGAGCCUCAGGGCCCCUGGCCCGAGACCCCUCCUCUGCAGGGACGCCCCGCCCCCGUGGGUCCCCUGUCCCGAGGGCGCAGGAAGUCUCAGCGCGAGGCCCGGGGACUGGGGAGGGUCCGCACAUCUUCAGCAUGUGUUCCUGCCUCUGCUUUUGUGACCAUUUUGGCCUUGAGUAGUUAGCGUGCUUCCUCCCCCACCUCUCCCCUGUCCCCCCGUGGGCCCUGGCUGCCUGAUGGGCUCUCAGUGCACUUUAUUUAUUUGCAGUCUGUUUUCCAGGCAGCGAAGCUUCUACAAAAUCAGAGACACGAGCUGAAUAAGAUGAGCGUCACUUUCCUGCGUGUGAUUGUACUGGUCAGCAUUGUCUGCUGAGAAAUGUUCUUGCUUCUGGUAUUGUCAAAUCUUGUCACUCUAAGUUCAAAACAAAACCAAACAAGACUCCUUGAGUUCAAUAAAAUAAAAUAAGA